AACACUUCCAGUCAAUAACCAACAAGAAAAUUCAAUGGCAGAAGUAAUCACACUUUCCGACGAUGACGACGAUGUAAUUCCUUUGACGCCUAGACCUCCCGUCGUUCUGAAAACCAGUACGACAGCAAAUCAUGGUAACAACAGUCAAGCAACAGUUCACGUUUCGACUGGAAAAAAUUUGAAUUUUGAUCAGAUCGGAAUAAGAAGGCUCUCAGACGUCUACAAUAAGAAUCAGCCUGCGUUCCGAGGAAAUGAAAUUCCCACAGGAAUUCGAAAUUCGAGGCCUUCAUUGCCUGCGACAGCUAUUCUUCAAAAUCCUCAAUUUCUAGUACAACUAGCGGCAAAAGGUCUAAAAAGACCAUUUUCAUCUGUCCACAGUACACCGGCGGUCGUCCCAUCUACAUCAAUACAACGAACACGAAACAAUCAGAAUGCCGGAAAUACUCCGAACAUUUACAAAGGACAUUAUAUGUUCGAAGCAACUGAGAGUUAUGAACCAUCACGAAGAUCUUCUAGAUAUAACACAAAGAAAAUCGAGGGAAAAUUCAUGUGUUCCUAUAAUCCGACAAAAUGCUACAAAUUAUGUGGAAGUGUCGUUGAAGUCAUCAAUCACAUAUGGGCUCACGUUAUUCAUGAUCCUCCGUUGCCACCAAUUGAAAAGAAGGAAUCAAAAGAUGAUGGUAUGUUCUCUUGUCUGUUGAGAAACUCGGAUGCAGCUCAACUCGCUGAAAAUAGUGCUUUGUCACUGAAGAGAUUGCAGACUUGCCAGUUUUGUAACGCAGUAUUCCGUACUGUUCAUUUGAAAACGAUUCACGUUGUCAAGUGUCAUAUGGAGCAAGAUCACCUGGAUACCACGUGUAAUAUUUGUGAGCUGGAUUUUGGUAAUUCAAUUGCAUUGAACACACAUAUGAAAAAACACAUUUCGGGAGAAGCUCCAUACAAUUGUCAAAAAUGCAAAUAUCGAACAUCAGUUAGAGCUUUCUUUUAUCAACAUUUCAUUGAGAAGCAUAGCAAUGAAACUCUUCUCUGUCCGAUUUGUCUCCAUCACGAGGAUCUACGUCCAAAUGUCCGUCGAUCCAAGCACAUUUUCGUUCGCGAAUUCGUUAACCACAUGCGUUCUCAUGCAUUGGGACCACAAAUGCGAUGUCAUGUAUGUGCUCUGACAUUCACUAGCAGAUUAUUGCUUGAGGCUCAUCGUACCAAUGAUCACACAAUGCUCAAUUCACUGUGGCAAGUGAUUGAACGGAAAUCCGUCCAUGAAACUGAAAGAGAGCAUAUGUCAAAAAGAAAUAAGAUAGGCCUACUUCAACGUAGAUUCUUUGAAACUCUGGAAGGGCGUCGGAUAAACGAUGAAGUUGCCUGUGCUGGAGACAAAGAACGAGAAGGAUUUGAUCUGACGACUACUGGGGAUACUCUGUUCGAAUGUGAAUGUGGCUUCAAGUCGUGGAAUGGGAACCGAACAGCAUCACAUUAUCACAAAUGUCGUCGGUCUAUAAAUGAUAUCGAAAGAAAACGGGAAAUUGUCCGGCUGGGAAGUGAUCCGAAAGAAGAACUCGAACUUUUCGCUGUAUAUCCACAACCAACAAACACUGAAGCAGAAACUGAAGAAGCAACACUUCGAAAAAUUCAUUUGGAGAGAGGAGAUCCUUUACCAAUUCUUGAAGAUAUUGUUUACCAGCCAAUUGAUGAUUUACCACUAUUAAAAAUGCUCUCUAAAAACCACGACAAAAGUUUGGAAAUUAUGGAAAAGUGCACGGCGAGUGCCGUCACUACCGAAGACUGAUUCGAUCUCGCUUGAUCUCCUCAUUAUGAUACUAUUAUUUGUAUCGAUUUUUCUCCACGGUUAAAAACUCUACUUCAUUAUGUUUUCCCAUUGAAUCACAUUUCGAUCUUUUCCAUGCUUAUUUUGAAUGAAUUACAAAUGUCUUGAACAAAUU